CAGUCAGCAGAGCUAUCAAGCCUUUUGCAGAGCCAGGACGCCCACCUGACUGGUUUUCUCAGAAGCACUGUGCAUCUCAGUAUUCAGAGCUCUUGGAGACUACAGAGACCCCUAAGAGAAAACGUGGUGAGAAGGGAGAGGUUGUGGAAACUGUGGAAGAUGUUAUUGUGCGAAAACUGACUGCAGAACGAGUUGAGGAGUUGAAGAAAAUUAUCAAAGAAACACAGGAGAAAUACAGGCAACUCAAGAAAGAUGCAGAGCUGAUCCAGGCCGGACACAUGGAUAACAGACUGGAGGAGCUGUGCAAUGAGAUCAUGAUAAAGAAAAAAAUGGAGGAGGAGGAGGCAGAAGUCAAGAGGAAGGCUACAGAUGCUGCUUAUCAGGCUCGUCAGGCCAUUAAGAACCCGCCACGACGAUUAACGGGUGUGAUGGUUCGCUCCCCUGCUGGCUCAACCUCCCCAGGGGGAGACUAUGCUCUGGGAGACCUGUCUCAGCCUGCUGUGGACGAGGCCAGUCCAGGGGUCACUCCAGGGACAUUGCCCAGCACCCCAGUUGCCUCCUUCAUUGGAAUCCCUGACACCCCUCCAGGCUCUGCUCCCCUGGAUGCCCCCAUGACCCCAGUCACUGAUGAUUCACCCCAGAAAAAGAUGCUAGGACAAAAAGCAACUCCGCCUCCUUCCCCUCUGCUCUCAGAGCUGCUGAAGAAGGGCAGUCUCCUGCCCACAAGCCCCAGGCUGGUUGGUGAAAACGAAAUGGCAGUGGCUUCUGGUCACAUGAACAGCUCAGGAGUCCUGCUGGAGGUAGGAAGCGUCCUUCCAGUGCUGCACAGCGGGGAAAUGCAGUCGACACCUGGUGCUGUCCCUGCAUCUCCUGCUGCCUCAGAGACUGUGUCUCAGGCAACCAUUGUCAUGAUGCCCACGCUGUCAGCACCGUCCGUUGUGCCACCAGCUGCAGCUCCAGAAAGCAUAGCCACAGUGAGCCAGCCAGAAGCCUGUGUUGCCAUGGAGGCGGUGUCUGAUUCCCAUACCGUGACAGUGUCCAUGGACAGCAGUGAAAUAUCCAUGAUCAUUGAUUCCAUCAAGAAAGAGUGCCUGGGUUCUGGGGCUGGCAGCGCUGCAGGGUCUUCCAAAGAUCACUGCAUGGAUGGGAAAGAAGACCUGGAUUUGGCUGAGAAAAUGGAUAUUGCAGUGUCCUAUACAGGGGAAGAGCUGGACUUCGAUACUGUUGGAAAUAUUAUAGCCAUCAUUGAGGACAAGGUAGACGACCACCCGGAAGUCCUGGAUGCAGCAGUUGUUGAAGCUGCUCUAUCUUCUUUCUGUGAAGAUACUGAUGACCCUCAGACCUUGCCUGGCCCAUGGGAACACUCAAUUCAUCAGGAGCAUGAGAAACAGGCCCAGAUAUCCCAAGUGUCUGUAACUGUGAAGCAGGAGAGACUGGAAUGUGAGGAGCCAGAGGCAAAGGGAAUUCAAGACCUAAUGGGCAUUGGCGAGCUGGGAUCAGAAAUAAAGACAGAACCUACAGAGCAGGAGCCGAAUCAGAAUCAGCUGGGCCCUGAAGAAACCAUACCAGCAACUGCAAGAGUGACAGAAACACCAGAGCUUAGAAGUCAAGAGAUAGAAGAGGAUCAAAGAGCAGCUGUAGCAGCAGGAGAGACUUCUGAAAUCGAGAUAGAGUCAUCCAAGGGAGAAGACACAGUUCACAAUACAGUGAAGACAGAGACCCCACCUGAUGAUGAUUCAUCCCCUCCACAAGUCCCAAAUGUGAGUGAAGACUCCUCACAGGCUGAUGUUCAGCACAAAUUUGAGCUGUCAGAGUCAAUGAAGGAGGAGGCCCAAGCCCUGUUUAGAAGUCAGAUGAAGGAUGGGCAGGGUGAAGAGGAUGAUGAGGAUGGUGCCAGUGAGGCUGCCAGUUUGGAGGAACCCAAAGAAGAAGAUCAGGGUGAAGGAUAUCUAUCAGAGAUGGAUAACGAACCCCCCGUGAGUGAAAGCGACGAUGGCUUCAGUGUCCAUAAUGCACCGUUACAGUCUCACACGCUCGCCGACUCCAUCCCCAGCAGCCCGGCCUCCUCGCAGUUCUCAGUGUGCAGUGAGGACCAGGAAGCAAUACAGGCCCAGAAGAUCUGGAAGAAAGCCAUCAUGCUAGUUUGGAGAGCAGCAGCUAAUCACAGGUACGCCAACGUCUUUCUACAGCCUGUAACAGAUGAUAUAGCACCAGGCUAUCACAGUAUUGUGCAGAGGCCAAUGGAUUUAUCUACCAUCAAAAAGAACAUUGAGAAUGGGCUGAUACGAACCACGGCUGAGUUCCAGCGUGAUAUAAUGCUGAUGUUUCAAAAUGCAGUUAUGUACAACAGCUCUGACCACGAUGUGUACCACAUGGCUGUGGAGAUGCAGCGAGAUGUCCUAGAGCAGAUCCAGCAAUUUCUGGCCACACAAUUGAUCAUGCAAACAUCGGAGUCAGGGAUCAGUGCAAAGAGCCUGCGAGGUCGAGACUCCACUCGCAAGCAAGAUGCUUCAGAGAAGGACGGAGGCACCAGAGGGCGUCGCUGCGCCAUCGAGGCGGACAUGAAGAUGAAGAAAUGAUGCUGCAGGCAGACGGAAAAUCCCAGCACCCGGCACCCAGAGCUGAAGUGCAAGCAAGAUGCUAGUAGCAGCUGGUGGAGGAGGAAGAGAAGCUGCAGGUCCGUUUCUGGGACCUGGUCCACCUUCUUGGAUUGCCCCGCUGGAAAGCAACGUCUCGUCAAGAUUGUGUAACCCAAAGAAACUUCCUAGAGGGGAGGACUAGCCCCCUGCCUGUUUUAGGGCAGUCGUCUUGGGCUUCAUCAGUGUUCUGGUGUUAGCUAGCAACUGGUGGCUCGUAUGUACUGUAAUGUGAAGUGUACAGAUUUUUACUAGUGAUGUGUAAAUGUAUAUGUAUAUUAAAGU